CGGCGGCGGCGGCGGCGGCGUCAGGAGGCGGGGAAGAGGGAGACCCUCCUCGCUGCUCUCCCAAGUCGGCGCGGUGCCGCCUCCGGCCGGGCUGAGGGCUGCGCGGCGGCGGCGGCGGGGCCGGGCCAGGAUGCGGGGCUCCCCGGACAGAGCCGGGCGGAGCGGGCGGCUACCGGCUGAGGACGGGAGCUGUCCGCGGUGCUGAAGCAGUGGCGGGGGUGGCAGGGACCCGGGGCCCGGAGCUGAGGCGCCCUCCUGGGAGUUCCGCCGCGGCCACGAGGCGGAGGCGCCGUGGCUCGCCAGCCCAUGCCGGGCCCCCAAGCCCCGCGGAGGAGGCGGGACCGUCCUCGGUGGGACAGAUCCCAGCUCCAAAGCUUUCCCUGCGCCUCUGUAUGAGUGUUCUCCAUCAUGCGUUCUUACACCCCUGCUGGACUUCUCCUUCAGCGCAGCCAUCUUCUCCACCAGACUGUAAGCUCGGUGGAGACAAAGUACAUCCUUCUUGCUCUCCCUCUUCCUGCCUUUCUCGCCAUCACAUCCCCAGCAUCUGUACAGUGCCUGGGAUAGAGCUUAUGCUCAAUAAAUACGCAUGUGUGAUAACUGGAUAAACAAAUUAACCAAUUCUGUGAAGUAUGUAUUUCUGCUAUCCCCAAUUCACAAACAAAGAAACGGAGAAGUUUCUGAGAAGUUAAGCAGCUCGAGGUCCCACAGCUGACCAGUGGUAAAGGCAGGGUCUGAAGCAAAACAGACUGCAGAGCCUGCACUUCUAACCACUUCCAGGCCUGCAUCCGGCUCCCUGGCUUCAGUGUCUGUCUGUCUUGCGCUCCCAGCAGGCUCUCUGAGGACUGCUCAGCUGGCCCAGUCUCCCCACCAGGGAGCUCUCCAGAACCAUGGAGAGUCUAAGUGAACUACAAAACCCACUGCUGCCUCGGAGCCCUGCCCACCUCCAUGGCCCCUACCCCUACCCCGAGGCCUCACCCAGCUGGUCGUGCCAGGAGAAGCUCUACUCCUACCUCCUGGGAGGCACUGGCCCUGCUCAAGCCCACCAGCUCCUGGAUCCAGAGUCCCUGCAGCUAGCCGUGGAGGCCUGGUACAGGCCCAGCUGCCUAUUAGGGAGGGACAAAGUCAAGGAGCCCAGGGCAGGCAGCUGUGAGACCAGCUUCACAGAGAGCAGGGAACCCCGGGCUGGGCCCACGGAGCAGUCCACAGAAUCUGGCCAAGUGGAAGAAGAUGUCACCAUCCAAACUGUGUCCUAUGGAGUUCAAGAGGAGCUGCAGGACCAGGAGGACGAUCAAGAGGAAGAAGAGAGUGAUGCAACCUCGACAGAGAGUGAGAGUGAAGACAACUUCUUCACACUGCCCCCCAGGGACCACUUGGGGCUCACCAUCUUCUCCAUGCUCUGCUGCUUCUGGCCACUGGGCAUCGCUGCCUUCUACUUCUCCCAGGGGACCAGCAAGGCCAUCUCCAAGGGGGACUUCCGCCUGGCCAGCACCACCUCCCGCCGGGCACUCUUCCUGGCCACGCUCUCCAUCGCCGUGGGGGCCGGUCUCUAUGUGGCAGUGGUGGUGGCUCUGGCAGCUUACAUGUCCCAGAAUGGCCAUGGCUAGUGGCCAGUAGAGCCUGGCAUCCUGACUCCCCUGAUCUACCUGAGAAGGCAGCAGGGCUUAGGGCUGCAGACUCUCUGGAGAGCCCUGGCCCCUGAAGACGACGCUUGAGGGUGACUUGUUGAGGGGAGGCCUCAACCUUCACUUCCUCGUGCCCGCUGUCUCCAGCCUCAGAGCAGGGCCAGAGGCACCACUCUCCCACCCCGGCUGUGUUGGGAAGCAGGAGACGGUAGUGCUGCCCACCAUCCCAGCCAGGCAGUCCUCACUUCUGGCUUGAUGCCAGCUUGGAGCUCAGCCCAUUCAGCCCACUGGCUCGAGGGUCUCUGCCCUGCAGGCAGCCCACAACACAACUCUGCCAACCUCUCCACAGAGAAAGAACAGGCGGUCAUAGGGAGGAAAAGGGAUCCCUGGGGGCCAGGGGACCUCACCCAGUCCUUUCAGCCCAUAGGAGUCUCCACCCUGGGGACAGCCUAAGUGUCCCCAGCUCUACCCUCUGGCCGCAUGGUGCCCAGGCCCCACCAGCCAGGAGGGAAAUACACAGAGACACGUGGGCCCCCUGCUCUUUUAACUCUGGAAGGUGCUUAGCUUUCUGGUGGGCUUAUAAGUCACUGUCGAUUCUAUAUAGAGAAGAGGAGUCUCAGGCAUGUAAACGCUGCACCCGGGGAAGGUUCUUGGAGCUUCUCUGCAGGAACAAAAGGCAGAUGCGAUGACAGAGGUCCUGAAAUAUUGCCGAUUACACGGGGCUCCCCACUCUGUCCCUGGUCCCUGCUCCCAUCAUCCCUUUCUGGCCUCCUCCUGGGAGGCCCUGAGCUGGCGCCAUCCCAGAAAGAUAGAGAGAGACAGAGACAGAGUGCUACCAGCCCAGCAGCCCCUGAGCACAGCCCUUAGAUCCAGCCCUGUGGAGACCCUCCCUGAGUGUAGGGAGUGUAGAUGAGGGGCGGGCACAGGGCUGGCAUGGCUGCUGAGCAGGAAGGCUUCCUGGAGAAGUGUCCCUUUGACAAAGUUUAGAAGGAAGAGGAGAAUGUAUUGAAGAGAUUUGUUUUCCCAUAGCCCUUAGUAUUGUUCGUGGGCAGGGGUGUGCCCGGAGCCUCCCAACAGGAAUUUAUAUUUGGAUUAUGCCUAGAACAUCUGGGCUGGAGCCGAACUGCAGCCAUUUUUGAGGGCUUCACCAACUCAGAGACGGGUGGGCCUGUUACUCAAAGACCAGUGAUGGUUUCCUACCUCUGAAUGCCGGGGGGGUCAACGGUGGGCCCCUGGUCAGCCUUGGGGAUUCUUCAUUGAUGCCACCACUCAGAGCUGUUCUCAACACCCCAACAACGAGGGAACAUCGAGAAUUUUAGAGACAUCUGGGCAGGCAGGAGGGCAGCACAUUGGGAGGCAGACUUGUUGGGGCUCGAGCUCCAGGACCUCAUUGUGCAUGAUUUGGGGACCUGGUCAUUCCUGGGCCCCAUCCAGAGACUGGGGCUGUGGACCCACCACUGACCCCCUUGUUCCGCCAUCCUCCUCACCCCAGGCGUCGCCCAGCCCUCUGCGCGCUGCAUCCCCUGAAGUCCCAGCCCAGGCUCAGCAGUUUUAAUGCCCCAUAUUGUAUAUAUUGAUCCUUGUAAUAAACGUUUCUGUAACACCUGGUGCCCUCUGGGCCUUACUGUCCUCGCCUGCCUUCACCUUUGCCUGUGUCCCAUUCUUCUCCACGACCGACCAACACCCCCACGUCUGUCUGCUGCUCCUG